AGCUUGCAGACCCCUGGUGUAGGGAUAAAGCUCCAUUCAUGCUUGUAAUAUGACCUCAUAAUAUCACUAAGCUAACCAAUUGGUAUGGUAUGGUGUGAAAAGUCACUGCAAAGUAGUUUCCUGAGUUGCUGGGGACUUUAGGAUUUUGAAAACCACAUCAACUUACCCUCAAAUCACUCCAAAAUACAGUUAUUGUACCACAGACGCGUUAGCAAACUCCAGGUGAAUACGCUACGCGCUAAGUGGGCGAGUGGCAGCUUCCCGGCCCCCCACUUGACUUGUGGGCGGCCGCUCCCCGGGGCGACAACGAGCCAAGAACGUCAUUGAAAGUUUGCCGUGGGUGGUGCCUUUUACGUGUCAACAUAGCGUCUUGUGCAGUUUACUCGCUGGAGUAAAGCGGCGGUAAUGCUUACUUAGCGCCAGUGUGGAGCCUUAGGAAAGAAGGAAGACGGAAGGAGGUGGGAGCGUAGCUUUUACGACUUUAGUAGCCACCUUUGCUAGCUUACAACCCGCGCGCUCUUCUCUCCCUCGAUGACUUCCUCGUUCUUAGCCUGGUUUUGGAGCGAGAGAUUUUGGCUUCCCGAGAAUGUUUCCUGGGCGGAUCUGGAGCAUCCACCACCUGGUGUGGAGUACCCUCGAGUGGGAGAGAUACUUUACGCCCUGCCGCUCGCUGUCGGAGUUUUUGCGUUGAGGCUCCUGUUCGAAAGACUAGUGGCCAAGCCCUGUGCCCACAUACUUCAGAUUCAGGCGGGAGUGCAUCGUCAAGCCCAGCCCAAUGCUGUCCUGGAGAGGGUGUAUCAGUCCAAAACGUGUCCAGGAGAAAAGCAACUGGAUGGACUUUCCAAGCAGCUGGACUGGGAUGUACAGAAAAUACAGAGAUGGUUUCGCAUCCGUCGCAACCAAGACAAGCCGAGCAUGCAGACAAAGUUCUGUGAGAGCAUGUGGCGAUUGACUUUUUACUUCGGGAUUUUUAUUUAUGCCAUUCGCCAUUUGUGGGUGUCACCCUGGAUGUGGAAUACCAGAUUGUGCUGGGAUAACUAUCCUUUUCAGCAUCAGAGCCCUCAACAAUUCAACCACUAUGUGGCUGAGCUGGCAUUCUAUUGGUCUCUGAUGUUUUCCCAGUUCACAGAUAUCAAACGUAAGGAUUUCUUCAUCAUGCUUGUCCACCACUUGGCCACCAUUGUCCUCAUCACCUUUUCCUACGCCAACAACAUGCUAAGAGUUGGCACUCUGGUCAUGUGUGUGCAUGAUGCGUCAGACAUCUUCCUUGAGGCAGCUAAGUUGGCUAACUACGCCAAAUAUCAGCGGCUGUGUGACGGCCUGUUUGUGGUGUUCAGCAUCAGCUUUUUUAUCGCUCGGCUUGUCAUCUUCCCUUUCUGGAUUAUACACAGCGUUCUGAUUGAGAGCUGGGAGAUAGCAGGCCCAUACCAGGCCUGGUGGCUGUUUAAUGGAUUACUUCUGGUCCUGCAGACUCUUCAUGUAAUCUGGUUCUACCUCAUCGCACGCAUUGCAGUUAAAGCCAUUUUCAAGGGAAAGGUGGAAAAAGACGACCGUAGUGACAUCGAGAGCGGCUCAGAUGACGAGAUCCAUUCCAACAGUAAACAUCCCAGUCAGACCAGCAGUACAACCACUAAUCUAAAUGGAGAAAAUCACGACCACUGAGGACCAAGCGUGAACAUGGAGUUGUGUGGAUUUGUUCACCUCCUUUGUGCCUUUUGAAACUUUUUCUGUCACUCUAUGACAAAAAAUAACCAAAGAGUGUGUGCGGGAUCCAGUGUGUGACUGGAUUCCGUUUGCACUUUGUCAUGUUUACACCUGCUUCAUGCUUACAAGAGUGAACAGUUUGGGCAAACUUGUCUGGUUUGCAUUGUCUGUCUGUGUGUACACAUUAAGUUAAUAUGACAGAUAUAGCAUAGUAGAACAGGGAAACACAACUGUCGAUACCAUUUCAUACCAUCAAUUACAUUUUAUUACAGAUGACAAUAAUAUUUUUUACAGCUGGAAAACAAAUCCCUAUGUCUGCCUUAUGGAAUACACUUUUAAUUGUGUAUGCUUACAAUAUCCGAAUGCCAAAUAUGUUUUCGUAAUAAAAAAACAAAACUCUUGUAUCAAAGCAAAGAAAUGCCAUGUUAUGGUAAUUAUUGUGAAUGUUCACGUGAACUUGAUUUUCCAAUUUCACUGAAACAUUAAAUAUAUUUUGUGAUCCA